CAGGUGUCAGUCCCAGCUUUUGUCUAUAUGAUUCAGAACAAUCUCCUCUACGUCGCUACCUCCAACCUCGACGCCGCCACAUGCCAGGUCACAUAUCAGUUCAAGAUCUUGACCACUGCGCUCUUCACUGUCACAAUGCUUAACAGAACCAUCUUACCGCUCAAGUGGCUUUCUCUCGUCAUCCUCGUCAUUGGGAUCGCUCUUGUUCAACUUCCGAACAUCGGAGCAGGAAGCGCCUUCAACAUCGCUGCUUCUGGUAAUCCUGCUCUUGGUCUGUCCGCUGUUGUGGCUGCAUGCUUCAUGAGUGGCUUCGCUGGAGUUUACUUCGAGAAGAUGCUCAAAGGAACUCCGACAUCGGUCUGGAUGCGAAAUAUACAAAUGGGAACCAUUGGCGGCAUCCUGGCCCUCGCCGCUGUCUUCAUCAAGGACGGUCAGGCUGUUCUCUCAGCUGGUUUCUUUCAAGGAUGGAAUCUCUUCGUCUGGGAUGUCCAACUGGGAGGGCUCAUCCUCCCGCUUGUCGUCAGAUACCCAAACAACAUCUUGAAGGGGUUUGCCACCUCACUG